UCCUAACAUCAGGCAGACAGUUCUGAGGAAGGUGGAAGAUACACACCAAAGCUGGUUAACAAGCAACCAUGGAGUCAUUGGAUUUAGUCAGCCCUUAUCUUUACAAGUACAAAAAGAGGAGCUUUCUGGUCAAUGACAAAAUGCGACCCAAGGACCUCGAUGAUCUUCUUGAUUUUGAGCUCCGUCCAACUGAUGUCUUCCUUGUCACGUACCCCAAGUCAGGCACAGUGUGGAUGCAACAGAUCCUGGUUCAGAUUAUGGACACUGCUCACCCUGAACAGGCAGAGGGGUUAAGCAAUAGAGAUCGAGUCCCUUGGCUGGAGGAGAGAUCUGCAGACAACCCUUUCAGAGACAGACCAGAUCCUCGGAUGUUUGGCUCACAUCUUCCCUUUGAAAUGUUGCCCCUGGACAUAAAAGCCAAGCAAGUCAAGGUUGUCUAUGUUUGGAGAAACCCAAAGGAUAUUGUAGUGUCUUCAUAUCACUUUGCUCAUAGUUGGGUCUUGCUAGAGACACCCAAGAGCUUUGAGGAUUUCUUUGAUCAAUUUCUCAAUGGUGAUGUUUACAUGGGAUCAUGGUUUGAUCAUGUGAAGGAGUACUACGCACAACAGGACCAAGUGAAUAUCCAUUUUGUCCAGUAUGAGAACUUGUUGAAGGACCUCAGAGGCGAAGUUGUGAAGCUUUGUGCUUUCCUUGGAAAAGACCUGACAGAUGAAGCGAUCGAUCGUAUUGUUGACAUGUCCACCUUCAAAAGCAUGAAGAACAACACCACAGCAAACUACAAGGAUUUGAUUGAAAAAGGUCGCUACAAGGAAGAAACCAUGCGUAAAGGUGUGGCAGGAGAUUGGAAGAAUCACUUCACAGUGGCCCAGAAUGAGCGUUUUGACCGUGUCUUCAAAGAGAAGAUGAGCAACGUUCCUAUAACCUGCACCUGGGAGAUCAGUCAGUAGAUUCUCUACAAAUUCAGAGGCUGAUGUUCAUCUCAAUAGCUUUGACUGCCAGUCCAGCAAAUAUUGUAUGAAUAUAACUAAAUGUAUGGUUUUGGGUCAGUAUUAAGCAAUCACAAAUAAUGUUCCAAGCAAAAACAAAACAAAUAAGUCACUACUAGACUGAUUUAUUACACAAAUGUUUUAAAAGCUAUUUUAAGGGUUACACAAUGGUUUCUUUUUGUUUGUGUAUUUCUUGAGACUUUGCAAUUUGCCUCUACCGCUGCUUUGUCAUUCACAUAUCAUUGAUAUUGCCAUGGCAAUAAAAUUAAACUGCAAAACAACACAUGAUAUGUUUGCCAGUAAAGUUGGUGGUGUAAAUGAGUGGAUGUGUGUGUGUGUGUGUGUUUUUCAACAAUUUCAUUUUGUUACUGCUCCAUAUUUUGUUUUAACUUCCAUCUCUGCUGUCAGUGAAAAAUUCAGGUUUAUCACCAACUAUUGAGAGUACAAAGAAAUCCAGUGAAUAUGACUAUUAUACACACACAUGGUCACUGCGGAGAUUUUACACCUCUCGUCUAGCCGGGGCUUUGAUGAUCUGUCAAUAAAUCCACCGGAAACAAGA